GGCAGUGGGGCAGAGCAGGGGCUGCAGCAGGAGCCGCGGCGUGGGCCCGUCCUGCCCUCGACCGACGGUUCCUCCCGACGGCAGGGUGCGGGGGGUUUGGUGGGAUUUCUGGAGCCUCCCUGGGGGCGGGUGCAGCCCUUCUUCCCCAUCCCCUCCCCGGCGGCUCUAACCCCCCCUUGCCCUCCCUCUGCCUCCCUUCCCACCCUCUUCUCCAGCUGCGCCCGCAGAUGGGGUUCCCCGCCAGCCCCAGGGGCCUCCUGAGUUAUUUCCUGACUCUCCACGUGCUCCGCCUGGGAUCAGCUGAGUUCAGAGUGGUGGGACCAGACCGACCUCUCCUUGCCACCGUGGGGCAGGACGUCGUGCUGCCGUGUCACUUGUCCCCACGUGCGGACGCUCGGAGCUUGGAGAUCAGGUGGAUCCGGUACCAGUUCUCUGAAAUCGUGCAUCUCUACCGAAAUGGAGAGGACCUGGUCGGGGCACAGAUGAGGGAAUACGCUGGAAGGACAGAGUUGGUCAGAGAUGGUCUCUCCGGUGGGACCCUGGACUUGCGACUCACUGGGGUGAGACCCUCUGAUGAUGGCCAGUACGUCUGCACUGUGAGAGAUGCUGCCUCUUAUGGAGAAGCUACAGUGGAGCUGGAGGUGGCAGCCAUGGGCUCCGUCCCUUUCCUCUCUCUGGAGGCUCACCAGGACGGAGGCAUCCGGGUGGUGUGUGGAUCGGCCGGCUGGUACCCGCAACCGCAGGUGCUGUGGAAGGCUGCCAACGGGCAGCGUCUGCCCUCGGUCUCCCGGAGACGUUCCUCUGACGAGAGGGGCCUGUUUGAGAUCCAAGAUGUCAUCGUGGUGAGCGGGAAGGGCGAUGGGAACUUGUCGUGCGUGGUGAGGAACAGCCGCCUGGAGCAGGAGCAGGCGUCGUCCCUGCACAUCUCAGCUCCCUUUUUCCACAACGCCCGUCACUGGAUGGCAGCUCUGGGUGUCUUCCUCGUGCUUUCAGUGGCGUCAUUUGGCGUCAUCGCUUAUCUCUGGCGAAGGAAAGUGGGGCUGCAAAAAAAGCCUUUUAUACAGCUACUUCCUUACAGUUACAGAAAUUCUGUCGUUUCUGAUUGGCUGAGCUCUCAACGUUUCAUUACAAUAAUCCCUCCUGCUGGCGGUUUCGCUACACGCCAGAAGCUACAGUUUUGCUACGUGUUGGAGCUACAGUUAUAACUCGUUGCUUCACUCCCUACUUCCUCAAGGUUAUUUGUCCCGGAUCUGCGAGGUCGGCAUGCCCUCGAGUUUCUUCCAUCCUUGUACUUUUCCGCUGGCCGCCCCGACAUUGGAAACCAUCGGGGACCCCUCGGAAACCCUGUAGACCCCUUGGAAACCUUUGGGGACCCCCUUGAGACCCCUUGGGACCCCCUUGGAAACCCUUGGGACCUCUUGGAACCCAUUGGGAACCCCUUGGAACCCCUUUGGACCCCUUGGAAACCCUUGAGACUCCCCUGGAACCCCUUGGGACCCCUUGGAAACCCUUGGGGACCCCCUUGUGACCCCUUGGAACCCCUUGGGACCCUCUUGGAAACCCUUGGGACCCCCCUGGAACCCCUUGGGGACCCCCUUGUAACCCCUUGGGACCCCUUUGGAAACCCUUGG